AUGGCCGCAGUGGUGAAGCUGAUCCCCGGCCGCACCGUCUUUUUUGUGUGCGACAUCCAGACCCGCUUCCGCACCUUCAUCCACGGCUUCGACCACGUCGUCGCCACGGGGAACAAGAUGCUCAAGCUCGCGAAGGUGCUCGACGUUCCAGUCAUCAUUACUGAACAAAACCCUCGAGGUACUUGUUCACAUGCGCCGCGCAGCACCCUCGGCCGCCGCGCCCUUGCAGCUUGCGCUAAGCCAUCGUUUCAGCCCUCGGGCCCACCCCUCCACCUGGGCACGUUCGAGAAGACGGCGUUCUCGAUGGCGAUCCCCCCAGUGACCGCGCUGCUCAAGCAACACAACUUCAAGUCGGUCGUGCUCUUUGGCAUCGAGUCCCACGUCUGCGUCCAACAAUCGGCACUGGACCUCCUGCAGCUUGGGUACGACGUUCACGUCUUGGCUGACGGCGUGUCCAGCACGCGCUCCCAGGAGGUGCCCAUCGCAAUCGCUCGCAUGCGCCAAGCAGGCGCUCAAAUCGUCACCAGUGAGAGCGCGGCGUUCGAGCUGCAGACGGAUGCGAGCAAGGAUAACUUCAAGUACUUUUCUCGUCUCAUCAAAGAAGAGGCAGAACGAACGGAACAGGCUCUGGAAGUAUUGGCAGCCCCAGCUUCGAAACUCUGA